AGAACCGCCACGCUCUCGCGAGAGCUUGAAGGCGGAAAAUGGCGCUGACGUGAGCGCGGGCCCUGGGCGCCCAGGGACUCGCCACAGCCUCAGCUGGAGCUGCAGGAGCUGCGGGAACAGGAGGCCUAACGCGGCCGAGGAUGGAGGAGGAACCCUCUGGGCUUAGCCCAGACAUGCUGGCCACUGCAGAGCCCAGCUCCAGUGAGACUGGCAAGGAAGUGUUAUCCCCAGGUGUGACUGCUGCAGCUACCUCUUUCUCAAUGGGGGAGGAAUCAGGUCCAGACCAGACAGCCACACCCCCAGUGUGGGACCGUGGAGGGCUUGAAGGGGCCCAGCAAGGUUCCUCCUCAGCUCCAGACAGUGAACAACCUGGCUCUGGACCCAGCCUUGGCUCAACCAGCACAGUCUCCGGGACCAGUGAGGACCUUCGGCCUCCCAGGCGACGCCCACCACAAGGAAAGCAGAUACCCUGCUCUAGCCCUGGCUGCUGCCUCAGUUUCCCCAGCAUUCGUGACUUGGCACAGCAUCUUCGCACCCAUUGCCCACCCACACAGUCCCUGGAAGGCAAGCUGUUCCGCUGUUCGGCCCUGAGCUGCACGGAGACUUUCCCCAGCAUGCAGGAACUGGUGGCCCAUGGCAAGCUGCACUACAAACCCAAUCGCUACUUCAAGUGUGAGAAUUGCCUUCUGCGCUUCCGCACGCACCGCUCACUCUUCAAGCAUCUUCAUGUUUGCGCCGAGCAAGGGCAGAGCCCAGCCCCACCACCACCCCCAGCCCUCGACAAGGAGCCAUCUGCGCCAGAACGCCCCCUGGAGUCCGAUCCUGCAUCAGCGCCCAGCCUGCAGUUUCCGCUUCUCGAGCCCUUCAUGACCCCCGCCCCUGCCCCCACUGGGCCCUUCCUGCCCUACUUGAACCCCACACCCUUUGACCUAAGCCCCCCACGCCUGCGCCCCUUCCUGGCCGCUGCACCUGGGCUGCCAGCCUCCAGCGCCGCCGUGUGGAAAAAGAGCCAAGGUGCAGGAGGCAGUCCUCGGAGACCCCAGGGCGGCUCCGAUGCGCCCUCAGGUGGUGAAAAGGAUACUUUACAAUAAUGUGGAACAGAACAGAUCAUGGGACAAGUGAAAUGAACCACCACAACCACACCAAAGUCCGGUCUUCAUCCAAAGAAGGUAUUACUGUGAUACGGUGGGAUUGGAAGGGAGUUCUCUAUUACAAGCUCCUUCCAGAAAACCAAAUGAUUAAUGCCAAUAAGUACUGACCCCAAUUAGACCAAGUGAAAGCAGCAUUGGAUGAAAAGCAUCCGGAAUUAGGCAACAGAAAACAAGUAAUCUUCCAUCAGGAUAACAGAAGACCGCAUGUUUCUUUGAUGACCAGGCAAAAACUGUUACAGCUUGGCUGGGAGGUUCUGAUUCAUCCACGGUAUUCACCAGAUAUUGCACCUAAGGGCUUCCAUUUAUUUUGGCCUUUAUAGAAUUUUAUUAAUGGAAAAAAUUUCAAUUCCUUAGAAGAUUGCAAAAGGUACCUGGAACAGUUCCUUGCUCAAAAAGAUAAAAAGUUUUGGGAAGAUGGAAUUAUGAAGGUGCCUGAAAGGUGGCAGAAGGUAGUGGAACAGAAACAGUGAAUAUGUUGUUCAAUAAUGUUAUUGGUGAAAAACAAACUUUUUGGCCAACCCAAUACUAGAAAGCAGUAGUGCCAGCCCUGAAAUACAGGAUUUUUUCCUUAAAAAUUA